UAGGUCCGCCACUGAUUAUAAAAGCUCGUCUUUUCGAUAGUUAUUUUUUAGGAAAGUAUUCUAGAUUUUGUUUUGCUGAAAAGUUGAUGCUUUAGGGGAGUUCUUGCAAAAUUUGAUAAGUUGGUUUAUUUAAGAUUUGGUUUUCCGGUUGCAGGCAUUGAUUUAGAUCCUUAAAACUAUUAUGGAGGGGAUUUGUGUUGGUUCUGAUUCUGACAGAAUCAGUGACCUUCCGGGCAAUGUGAUAGAUCAGAUCCUGGCAUGUUUACCAUUCAAUGAUGUUGUGAGGACCAGUACCCUGUCAAAGAAUAGGAAGGAACAGUGGUACACGGUGCCUCAAAUUAUAUUGAUCGAUGACGGCCUUUACGACAAACGACGUCAAAAAACUAUGGAGGGCAAUAUCGGUUAUAUUCUUACUCGACAUCAAGGGAAAAUAGAUAAAUUUUCUGUAUCUUUGACGCGAGCAGACCCUUUCAACCUGAAGAUGUGGAUAUGUAGGCUAUCACAAAAGUCUAUUCAGGAAUUGACGCUCCGAAUCCCACUCGGUCCCUGCAGAGAAGUUCCAUCUGAUUUGUUUUCUUGUCAACAGCUGAGAAAGUUGGAUCUCGAUCAUUUCAAGUUUAAACGACUACCAAUUUCGUUCAGAGGAUUUGGUAAUCUUGUUAGCCUUGAGUUAACCAGUGUUUACAUAACAAGCGCUGUGUUUACAAAGCUUAUUGCUAGCUGUCUGCAGCUUGAACAAUUGACAGUAAUACAGUUGGAUUAUUCCGGCCAUCUUCAUAUCAAUGUCCCGAGUCUCAAGUACUUUUUGUUUUCUGGAAGAUUCAAAUCUAUUCCUUUCAGGACUCCUCUUCUUGAGGUAUUGUCUUUAUGGCAGUUGGACUCUGAGAAUUUUAAGUUUGAUCCACAGUUCCGUGGUUUUCCACCUUCAAGAAGCUUUAUGUGGGAUGCGGAUUUUUUAUUUGGUGGAUGGGAAAAUACAGUCCCUCAAGUUCCAACUACUUACAAUCAUCUCAAGACUCUUGAACUAUCUUCAUUUUAUUUUGACAAGGUCUUCGAAAUCUCAUGUCUCCUUGCUUUGAUGGAAAGCGCCUUAAACUUGGAAACACUUGAUAUAACUGUGAGUAUCAAAUUGGAAAAACUUGAUGUUGUAAGUCAGAAUCUUGGUCUAAAACUUGUUGAUGAUCUCCAUUUUCUUGUGCAGGCGUAUAGGUUCGGGUACAUUUACAUGUCUGGAGAUGAACCUGGAAAAGUUUUUAAAUUUUGGGAAGACCAAAACCAUUCUUCCUUGUCGUUUAACCGAUUGCAGAAGGUAAUCGUAAGGUCAUUCUGCGGAAAAUAUAAUGAGAUGAAGUUUGUCCAAUUUCUGCUGGCUAAUUCACCUCUGCUCAAGGAGCUGACUGUUGAGUGCAUGAAGAAUCCUGAUUUUGAUCAGGAUGAAAUAAAAUCAACGUUGUCACUUUCGUGUCCCGAUUCCACAGAAUUAAAGUUCAUAGCAGGAUACCAUUGA